UCUCCUGAUCGGACGGCACCGCCCAUGUGAUCAGUUCGUGCGCCGCGCCAGCCGAGCAGAAUGUGGACGAGUGCGAGUUUUGUCUCGGACUAGGAACUUCGGCUUUCUUUGUCCUGGGGAAACGUGCAGGAUCCGUGCCGUGUGUGGUGAGGUUUCCGGACUUUAGGAAUGGCAUCGAACACGUUGUACUCGCCAAGGGACCCAGCGCUGAAGAAGAGGGAUGACUUCGAGGACAUCUUGGAGGAGAGGAGGAGCUCCAGCGACCUCCGAUACGCCCUCAGGUGCUACGUGCCGGUCGUGUACAAGGGCAUCGCUCCCUGCAAGCCCGGCGUGCUCAAGACCGCGGUGCUGCAGUCGGACCGGCUGCGCCACGUGGUUGCCGAGAUGUCGAAGGAGACCGGCGAGUCCGCGGACGUCAUCCGGGAAGAGGCGUCCGGCAUCCUGGAGGAGAUGGCCCACCGGCUCCGGCUCGGCACCGUCCGGUUCUUCGCCUACUCCCUCAGCAAGGCCUUCAAGGCCCUCUUCCAGAGGGUCCGCGUCAAUGAGGACGGCAUCCAGAGACUUCAGCAGUCUAUUCAGGAGCAUCCCGUGGUGCUGCUGCCCAGUCAUCGAAGUUACAUGGACUUCCUCAUCAUGUCCUAUAUCCUGUACACCUACGACCUCUCCCUGCCAGUCAUCGCUGCGGGGAUGGACUUCCUGGGUAUGAAGAUUGUUGGAGAGAUGUUAAGAAUGUCGGGCGCUUUCUUCAUCCGCCGGUCGUUCGGAGGGGAUAAGCUUUAUUGGGCUGUUUUCUCGGAGUACGUCAAAACGAUGCUGAGGAAUGGAUACGCCCCAAUUGAGUUCUUUCUAGAAGGAACCAGAAGUCGCACUUGCAAGUCUCUGACCCCCAAACUGGGACUCUUGAACAUAGUGAUGGAGCCUUUCUUCAAGGGGGAGGUGUUCGACGUCAGCCUGGUGCCCAUCAGCAUCAGCUACGAGCGGGUUCUGGAAGAGGCCCUCUAUGCCCGUGAGCUCCUCGGGGUCCCCAAGCCCAAGGAGUCCACCUCCGGGCUUCUGAAAGCCAGAAAGAUUCUCAGCGAGGACUACGGCAGCAUACAUGUGUACUUCGGUCACCCGGUGUCCCUCCGCAGCUUGGCUCAGGGCAGAAUCAACCGCUCCCAGUAUAACCUGCUCCCCAGACACAUCCCCAGAAGGCCAAGUCAGGAGACGCAGGCGUUCGUGAAUGAGACGGCCUAUCGGCUGGUGCGCCUGCAGGAGGAGAACAUGGUGCUGAGGCCCUGGGUGCUGGUGGCUGCGCUGCUGCUGCAGAACCCGGACGGUGUGGACAUGGAGCGGCUCGUCGAGCAGACGUCCUGGCUGAGGGGCCUGGCCGUUUCCUUCGGGGCCUUCCUGGACUGGCCCGACUACGUCUCUGCCAGCAAGGCGGUGGCCUCCAGCUUGGCGCUGCACACCGGCCUUGUGCGGACGGAAGGUGGUCGGGCGCAGCUGGCGAUGGAGCCCAAGGAGCCGGGUAGCCCGGAGGAGGAUCUCUUUGACCGCGCUGCCUCUGUGCUCUCCUGCGCCUCCUACAGGAACCAGAUCCUGCACGUAUUCCUGCGGCCGGCCCUGCUGGGGAUGGCCAUGCAGAUGGCUGAAGCCUCCAGGAAGGAUGACAUCUACAGCUGCUUCAGCUUCCUACGAGAUGUCUUCUCGAACGAGUUCAUCCUGUGCCCAGGGGGCACUGUCCAGGACUUCGACGAGGCCUGCUACAUGCUGACCAAGUGCGCCGCCGUCCACGUACAGAAGCAGGAGGUUGUGGCCACAGAGAAAGGCCAGCGCAUCCUCUCCUUCCUCACCUCCCUCUUCCAGCCUUUCCUGAAGGGCUACCAGGUGGUGUGUCGCUUCCUCUGUGAGGACGCCCCUGAGGGUUUUCCCGAGUCGGAGUAUGUCGCUGCUGUCCGCAGCUUCGCCGUCAAGCGCAUCUUGUCAGGUGAGCUCACCUGCUACGAAGCCCUGUCCUCAGAUGUGCAGAAGAACGCCCUGGCGGCCCUGCUGAGAAUGAAAGUUGUGCGGAAGCUCAAAGUAGGCGAUCAGGUCACGCUCAGAGUGAACAAGGUGGCUGCGAACACGCUGGAGAACAAACUUGGGGGCAGAGUUUCCACCCAGAAAGCUCUCCUCGCCCGCCUAUAGCUCACUGCCUGCCAGGUCGCCGAGGAUCCUGGGAACUGGCUUAUGCCUUCGUUACCACGAUGCCAAAACUCUCGACUAUGGCGCUGAACUUCAAAGUCUCCUUCUCAUAUUUUUUUUCUUUUUUUUUUUUUUUUUUUUAAAAAGAGACUUUCAAACUGCCAUAUGGGAAAACCAUUUGUACCUGAAACUUUCUGCAGCGCCAGACAACGCUUUGAGAAAUUAUGCAGAUCAGUUAACUGUCACACCAUCUCUAAUGCAGUUCGAUGAUGAUGAUGAUGAUGAUGAUGAGGAAGAAGGCAACGAUGGGAAGACGCUCAUGUGGAGUUCACCACGGGCCUCCGUUGCACUUAGAAGAACAAAGUGUCACACCCAGACCCCGGUGGCGUUGUGUUACGUCGCUUUAGCGGUUUGUACGUUUUUGGCUAUUUACAGCUCGCUGUUGGAUCUUAUACCUGUGUCAUAUGUCAUGUUUUGCACAUUUUAUUUAUUCAAAUGUUUUUGCAUUAAUGUGAACUGGUCACAUUGUGCAGCUGGGACACUUUGGGGAAGGUGCGUAAGCGCUGAUGUGUGCUCAACACCACUGUCUGUUGCUGUCAUGACUCAAGUCCACGAGAUAUCGGCGGCGACUGGGGAAUCACUGAAGUACCGCUGAGAUCUGUGCGUGGGAUUGGAGCCAGACCGUUAUUUUUAAAUGAUUCUCCUCUUGCGUGUCCAGUUUGGUCCAGUCUGCCUCCCCCCCCUCAUUUCUUAAUUAUAAUUUUAUUGUGUGAAGGCUCCGUCUGAGGAAACGCACCAAACCGCCAUUAUUUAGCACUUUGUAAGGGAAUGAUGGACUGUCCCUCACACUCCAGAGCAGGUCACCUAGGUCUAGUGCAGCGGUUAUGCGCCACUUGCGUGUUGAUACCUGUGAGGUCGAUGGGCAGACUGGCAGUUUGUGCUCCUAUCAGGACAGUUUUGAGCACGGGACGGUGUGGUUUUACCCAACGGUUACUAUACAAGAGGUCAGAAACGCUGCACUGCACUGUACCUGAAGUGUUCCUCUCCUUUACUGUGGCCCACCUGUUCCUCACUGGCUACUGAUACCUGGAAAUGAAAUAUUUCUUUUCAGUUCAGCUUCCCAAAGACUUUUCUGUUUUGUGCUUUUUCGGGUUUAUUGUAAUACUGUCCUUGAUUAUAUUAUUUUUCCACUUCACUCAGUUGUUACUUACUCUCAUGCGCACUUAUAUCGUACAGUACUGUGGUUAUUUUGCAAGCUUUCUUGUGACUAAGAUGUGUUGUUGGUCAAGGGUUUGAUGCUUUUGUCUAAAAAAAUAGUGGUGGGGGGAAAAACUGCCCAUGGUCAUGGAGGGAGCUGCAGAUUUUGCAAGCCUGGAAGGUCAUGCUAAUAAAGUAAAACCAGUGUGUGCUGGAGUGUCGUGUUUCC